UUUCCAAAAUGGCGAACGAUUCAACCACAAACGCUACAGGACGAGAAAAAUGUUUAGCAGACCACCGGAAAAAGCUUUUGGAACACCGAGAACUUGAAGCUAAAUUGAAGAAAAUGCGUGAAGAAUUGAAAGAGUUGGCAAAGGAUUAUGACAAGUCUGAAAACGACCUUAAAGCUCUUCAGAGCGUUGGACAGAUUGUUGGUGAAGUUCUACGUCAAUUAACCGAAGAGAAAUUUAUUGUAAAAGCCACAAAUGGACCAAGAUAUGUUGUUGGUUGCCGAAGACAGGUGGAUAAAAACAAGUUGAAGGCUGGAACCCGAGUGGCAUUGGAUAUGACUACGUUGACAAUUAUGAGGUGUUUACCUCGUGAAGUUGAUCCGUUGGUCUAUAACAUGACCCAUGAAGAUCCUGGAGAUGUGAAAUACUCUGAUGUUGGUGGAUUGGGUGAACAAAUACGAGAAUUAAGAGAAGUUAUUGAGUUGCCUCUAACUAAUCCAGAACUGUUUCUCAGAGUUGGUAUUCAGCCUCCAAAAGGAUGUUUACUUUAUGGACCACCAGGAACUGGAAAAACUCUUCUUGCAAAGGCUGUAGCAAGUCAGCUAGACUGUAAUUUCUUAAAGGUUGUUUCCAGCGCUAUCGUAGACAAAUAUAUCGGCGAAAGUGCAAGACUUAUCCGCGAAAUGUUCGGUUAUGCUAAAGAUCACGAACCAUGCAUAAUUUUCAUGGAUGAGAUAGACGCUAUCGGUGGAAGAAGGUUUUCCGAAGGGACGUCUGCGGACAGAGAGAUUCAACGAACUCUUAUGGAGUUGCUGAAUCAAAUGGAUGGUUUUGAUCGACUAGGACAGGUUAAAAUGAUUAUGGCAACCAAUCGACCCGAUACGUUGGAUCCCGCGUUGCUUCGUCCUGGACGACUUGAUCGUAAAAUUGAAAUAUCCUUGCCAAAUGAACAAGCUCGGAUGGAUAUUCUGAAGAUUCACGCCGGUCCAAUUACAAAACAUGGAGAAAUAGACUACGAGGCAGUGGUCAAGUUGUCGGAUGGUUUUAACGGUGCGGACUUACGGAAUGUCUGUACAGAAGCAGGAAUGUUUGCCAUUCGCGCUGAUCGUGAUUAUGUUGUGCAGGAAGAUUUUAUGAAAGCUGUCCGCAAAGUUUCCGAUAAUAAGAAGCUGGAGACGAAAUUAGAUUACAAACCAGUUUGAACUUGAGACUGCUUCAAAUGCCCCUCAAAGAAAGCCAAUUAUUUCAAUACUGAUAAUAUCUAAACGUAGUUCAGGUUUUUAAAUAAAGAAAGCCUUUCACAA